GACUUGUCGUCUGUUCACACGUUGCUCGCUCGCCGACCUCAGGGAGCUGUUGCCACGUGCACUUCAUGUAUUAGAGCCUGUGCUUGGUCCGUGUGUGUGUGUGUGAAGUGUGUGAGUGUGACAGGUGUGUGUGUGUGUGAAGGGUGUUCAUGCGUGUGUUGUGCAUGAUGCUGUCGUGGUUGUUGUCUCCCUGUGUCCUGCGUUAUCCCCCCUGCCAGAUGUGAAGACUAUAAAAGGUUCAAAUCUCUCCUCCUUCCAGACACUGGCUUCGGCGGGACGUCCUGUCAGUGGCAGCGCUUGUACAGACCAUCUGAAGGUGGUCAACAUGUGGACAACAAUGAUUUUACUCCUGAUACUUCUCUCUGUGCUCUCUUGCCUUCAUGCUCAGAACAGCGGCAGCGCCCCCUCACAACAAGUCCAGCUACAAUCCAAUGGCAUGGACUACGCGCUGUUUGGCUACAACAGUCUCAAGGGAUGCCCUUUGACACUAGGAUAUGAUCCGGGCUUUACUUUUCCCAUUUUUUCUGCCCAAAGUCAGGUGACGGGAGACAAUGGCGGGCCACGUGGCGUGGUUCUGUCCCACGAUGUGUCAUGUGACACGUCGUUUACGUCGACGGUGGUGGAGACGCCGUACGACCUGACCACGCUGCUGACUGGCACCGCGCGACUCGGUGCUGAUAAGUGGGGGCCUCCCUUCUCGGCCAGCCAACACUUUCUAAAGUUCUCCGAGGAACUGAAACAAAAUGUCCUGGUCUUGUCAACAGCUGUGUGCAGUAUCUAUCACGUGAAGCUGCUACUCUGGCAACCGCCAUCUUUUCAUUCAUCGUUCGUGGACUGGAUCAUUAAGCUCAACAACACUGAUGACGAGGACGUGUACCUGAAGUUCCUUGACACCUACGGCACACACUUCGUGUCACGGGCCCGCUUUGGGGCCUCGAUAACAGUCGUGCACAAAAUGGAGGAUAAGGUUUAUCGGAACCUCACGGAGGGUCACGUGAGAUCAGCUGCCAGCUCUGUGGCUGCUGCUCUAUUUGGACAACCCCAGACCUUGACCUCUGAUCAACAAAAGGCGGCAAACGAGUUUCAAAAUGAAGUGGAGACAACAACGAUUGUUGUAGGUGUUCCUCUACCUUAUGCAGGUAACAGUCUGACUUGGUUGACAGCAGCGAAGGAUCAACCCUCCGUCAUCCACUAUGACCUGACCUCUGUGGAGGUUCUCUUCUCAGACACCCUCAUGGGUAACUCGAGUCUCAUUGGCAGUUAUGGUAUUGACCACGUCAGGAUCAGGAACAACAUCCUGGCUGUCAAGACAAAGUACUGUUGGACUCUAAAGAGACAAGACCUGACAGGUGAGUUUGAAGGUAGUUCAGGUAAGAUACUGCUUUCCACAAAGUUGAUGGGUAAGUCGGCAGACAGAGCCGCUGAGUCCGCUGACCAGUGUGUUGAGGGAUGCUAUCAGCUUCCGGGCUGCGUGGCUGUGAGUUUUUGUCCUGAGUGUAGACAGACAAACCUCAGCAACACGUGUCACGUGUUCAGUGCUGGCGACAUACAGAGAGCAGUGAGCGACCCCAGGUGGCACACCACCAUGUUAGUUGACAAGCUGGAGACAUUUGUCAAACUACAAAACACCACGGUGGUUGUCAACUCUAGUUCUCAGUCUAACAUCUCUACUGUCACCUCCACAGAGGACUGCCUCCCAUCUUGCAGUGAAGAUGCCAAGUGCUUGGCCUUCACCUUGACUGACACUUCAGGUUCAUUAAUUAAAUGCACGCGCCACACAGACUCACUUCUGUCUUUGACACAGAAAACAGGUGUCAUCGUGUACUUCGUCUCACCACUGGUAAAAAAAAUUGUCAGAACUGGACAGACGAGAGGCCUUGCUCCCUCCUCCAUGCUGAACGACUGGUACAAGGCCGCCUGUGUCAUCGACGACGAGUGUCGUCAGGAAAACUCCAUGUGCUUUGUAAACAGGUGCCGCUGUCGACCUGGGUUCUUCUUCUCAACACGUGACUACACGUGCUCUGAGACUUGUAGUCCAGCUCACCUGCACAACACCUUCACGGAGUAUCCUGACAGCGGAAUAAGGGGACACAGUAUCGUGACACGGGAUGGAGUCAGUUUGCAGACCUGUACCAACCUGUGUGUCCAGACCAGAGUUUGUCUGUCCUUUGACUUCAGAGUCACAGGAGGGCGCUGUCUGCUUCAUGAGGUCACCUCGCUCCAGGCUCAGUCAGAGUGGUUUCCUCAGACCAGUGGAGGCUGGACCCACUACCAGAGAAGCUGCCUGCAGUUUCUCACCUUAUACCCUGGACCUCUGUGGUACAACACACCCUGCAACAUCAACACGGUUUGCCCUGAACCUAACAGUCAGUGUGUGUCGGGUAGAUGUGUGUGCAGGUCUCCCUUCAUUUUAUCCGGAACUGAUGCCACGUGUCGAGUUCCUGAGUCAUGUCGAGACUUGCAGUCAGUAGGAGGCAAGUCAGGUGUCUACUCCAUUCAACUGCCAGAAACCAGAGAGAAACUGAGAGUCUGGUGUGACAUGGACUCUGGUGAUGGCGGCUGGCUGGUGUUCCAGAGACGGCGUGACGGUUCUGUUGACUUCUACAGGAACUGGACGGAGUAUGAAAACGGCUUUGGUGACGUCACCGGGGAGUUCUGGCUGGGCAAGAUGUCUUUUAAAUAUUAUCUCUGUCUUCCUGGCUUUCCUCCUGGAAUGAAAAUAUAAAAC